GUGGUCGAAGAAGAGUUUGGCAACGUCCUUGGCUUGGCAGGUGGUGGUGCAAGGGACGAAAUGAGCGUGCUUGGUAAGGCAACAGACAACGACAUAGAUGCAAUCGUGACCAUGGUUGGUCGUGGGGAGACCACAAACGAAGUCCAUCGAGACAUAUUGCCAGUGGUGGGUGGGUAUGGGGAGAGACUCGAGUUUGCCAACCUUGGCUUGGUUGGAGGGAUUCACGGCUUGACAAGUCGGGCAAGAACGAAUGUAGGUUUUGAUGUCGGCAAGGAGCGAGGGUCAGUAGAGAUAACGGGAGAAGUUGUCGAAGGUUUCUUGGAAACCGAGGUGUCCGACAGUCUUGGCGUCGUGGUGUUCAGCCAAGAACUGGGUACGGAGACCACGGACGGAAGGGAUGCAAAGGUGGCGGGUUUCUUCGGUGUCGAUGUAGAGGAGAUGGUCGAUAAGGGAAUAGUCAGGGACAGUGUCAAGGUCGCGAAGUUUGGUGUAGGUAGUGGCGAAGUCGGGGCAGGAGGCGUAGCCAUGGAUGAAGCGAUGCUGGAGAGAUUGGGGGAGAUUGACGUGCAUCAUGGCAGGGAAGACUUUCUCAGGGGGCUUGUGAUCAGGUCGGCGAGAGAGAGCGUCGAUAACACGAUUGGUCUUAUCGGGAGUAUGGCAGAUGGUGAAGAUAAUCUGGGCGAGAAAGUCCAGCCAGCGGGCCUGGCGAGGGGUGAUAUCGUUUUUGGUGAGGAUACCGGAGACGACGGUGUUGUCAAUGCGAAUAAACUUUUGCUCGUGGAGGGUGGAAAGUACCUUCUCGAUGUGCUGAAGGUGGGACUUGAAGGUGGGACUGAAGACAAGGAUGUCGUCGAGGUAGAUCACAACACAGACGUCGAGGAGAUCGUGGAAGAUGUGGCUCAUGGUGGACUGGAAGGUCGUUGGGGCAUUUGUGAGGCCGAAAGGCAUCAUUACGAACUCGUAAUGCCUGAAGCGAGAGCGGAAGGCGGUCUUAUGGGUAUCUUCCUUGCGAAUACGGAUCUGGUGGAAGCCAUUGUGGAGCUCAAUCCUGGUGAAGUAUUUGGCUCCGCGGAGGCGAUCAAGAAGUUUAGAUAUCCGGGGGAGUGGAUACUUAUCCGGUUCAAGGCGUGGUGUCCGUGCACAUGUAGAGCUCCGAGGUGCCACGUUUUUUGACGAAAAGGCAGCUGGUUCCGAAGCGGGAUGAGCUAGGCUUAAUGAAUCCGUUUCCAAGGA